GGUUUUAAACUAAAGAGGAGUUGGCAACACCGUUACUGCAAUUUAUAAUAUCAUAGUAAUAUGUCUUUGUAAGUUUGUAAAAACUUUAAAUUUUUUAAUUAAAGUUGGUUUCUGCUUUACAAAUCGUGAAAACAAUUGAGCAAUACUUUUUUCAUACAUGUCUUUAAAUAAUUCUUUAUUAGUUAAGUGCUGACUGCUGAAAUGUCUUUUGCCUUUGGAACGCCAUCCAGCGCCCCGGCUUCGACAGGGCUCACUGGCUUCAGUUUUGGCGCUAAUAAGCCAGCAACACCAGGUUUCGGCUUGACUGCUACAUCCCAGCCCUCAACAGGUCUCUUUGGUACACCCGCAACUUCAGCCCCUGCGUUUGGUGCCGGCACCUCUACAUUUGGGACCACACCUGCAUUUGGGGCUGCAUCAACCGCUCCUGCCUUCGGUACAGCUACACCAGCAUUUGGGACAACUCCAGCCUUCGGUACAACCCCAGCAUUCGGGGCCACCACAGCAACACCAGCGUUUGGUGCUAACACAGGCUUUGGUGCCAACACAAGUUUCGGUGCUAACACAAGUUUUGGUGCUGCCAGUACUGCACCUGCAUUCGGUGCCACCACAUCCUUGUCAUUUGGUGCUACCACUGCUGCGCCUGCUUUUGGCACUACUACACCUGCUUUUGGUACAACUGCCCCAGCCUUUGGUACCGGAAACACAUCAUUUGGCGCAGGUCUUGGAACUGGUGGUCUAAAUUUUGGGACAAGUACCACAUCUUCUACAGGUUUAUCCUUUGGUACCACCACAACAACAAGUGCUGGUCUUGGAGGUCUGGGCGGCUUUGGCUUUGGUGCCACCACUACCAGUACUCAGUCUGGCCUGGGGUUGUUUGGAGCCACCUCUUCCACUACUACCUCUAGUGCUGCACCAAGUUUGGGGCUCGGUGGAGUGGCACAGCCGGGAACUACUAACACCACCAAUGCUGAUGGCAAAAGUGAACCACCAAAGCAAACCAAACUGCCAAAUGAAAUAUCAACAACAGUGGAGUCCUUCAAGGAAUUUGUUAAGAAGCAAAAGUCACUCAGUUCUGAUGUGAUGAGAGUCAAUAUCAAACCACUACAUAAGGUGGGUCGUGAAGCAGAUGCGAUGCUGCGCGCGAUACUGGCGCUGCGCGGCGAGUGCAGUCGCUCCCGCGCGCAGUCGUUCCGCCUGCGCGCCGCCGCCGCCGCCGCUCUGGCCGCCGCCGAAACCGCCGCUAGAGACUCGCCAGGUGCAGACCCAGAAGGCCUGUCCCCGCCGCCCUACAUCAAGGAGCUGAUCGCGGAGUUGGAGCAGCAACUGAUCACGUUCCGGAGGCAGAUGGACGUCGCCGACAAGCAGAUGCAGUCGUCGCCCAAGCUGCUCACUGAACAAGAGCUCACCCUGGGCAUCCGGCGCAUGCACGAGUCUCUGGUGGCGCUGGCGGCGCGCCUGCAGGCCGUGCACACGCAGGUGGAGGCGCAGAAGGAGCAGUACCUUAACCUUCGCAAGUACAUCCUCAAGGACCCCAGCAAUGUGUUCGACACGCCACACACGACUACAAGCCUGGACCAAAUACUACGAGACGCGGAAGGUACGAGGAAAAAUACCAAAUCGGGAAACAUCACCGACAUAGGAGUAAGCAGUGCAGUACUCUCCGACCCAAGAGCUGCGUUAGGUAAUAUACAGCAGUUGGCCGGGCCGACACCGUUUACGUACUUGGGCAGCACUCUGUCUACAUUCCCCGCAGCGAAUAAUACAGGAUCGAAUUGGCAACCUCAACCGCAGCCACCUCUGAGCACAUCACUGAACAUGCCAACCUUCGGCACCGCCCAGAACGAGUCCAGCUUCCAGCUUCAGAAGCCGCCCGGCAAGCGGGGGAAGCAAUGAUAUUGGAGAUAAGGUACACGAAAGUAGACCUUAAACUCGUGGACACUGUGAACAAUUUCGUGUGUGAAUGUGAUCGUACGAAAGAGUUCUAAUUUAUAUGGAAUUGUUGAAUAAUUUCGCACAUUGAAAACAAAGAUGCCGCUUGCCAAAAAUUGGCAGUUUUUAAUUAGAACUAUACACGGUGAAAAUUUAGUGGUUCGAGAGCCGUGGCGAAGUGAAUUGCCUCAAGCAGUACUAUCCAUUUCGACCAUUCAUAUUAACCCUAGUAUUAAAAUAAAAAAAAUUGAAUCGAGAAAUUAUUGUUUGGAAAAAUUCGCGAACCAGUAGUAGUAGGUCGCUUUGUCUCGGAGUGGCGCGGGCGCCUUGCACUCGGAGCGGCGCGGGCACUUGCACCGAGAGCGGCGCGGGCCCCGGCACUCAGAGCGGCGCGGGCACCUGCACUCAGAGCACUUGCGUAUUCGCCGCCUACUACUAAUGUUUCUCACAGAUUCGAGUUUGUGUCGAAAUAUUUUUUUUAUCAAAUAAAGUACUUAGUUUUCCAAAA